GCCCCCAACUCCUCCCCAUUCCCAGAUCCCCGGUCGCUCACUCGCUCUCCAGUCUCCACCUCCUCUCGACGCUCGACAGGAAGACGCGCCGCCGCCGCCGCCCAUCCGACGCCGCGACGCCGACGUGCCGUGCGUCCGUGACGCCGCCGCCGCCAAUCCCUCCCGCCUUCGCGUCGUGCCGCCGCGCCGUCGGUGGUCGCCCGUCACCCGUCGCCGGCUCGCCGCGUCUUUUGGGUGGCGCCGUCGCGCCUCGUAUCCAAUCCACCCCGCGCCGCGCCGCGCCGUGCCGCCGCCCCCAAGAGGCCGAGACGCCCAAGUCCCAACUCCCAACGGCCAAAGUAAUCGUUGAAGGUGACAGGUCAACAUCCCACGUCAUGCCUCUCCUCCGCCGGCCGCCGGCUGCUCCCCACCGCACCCCGAUCCACCAUGACAAGCGCCUUCACCUCUUCAGUACACACAACACCCGUCAUAGAGCUACCGUCUCAUCUCUCCCUGUCACCUGCCUUCGCAUCCGAUACAGCAGCAGCAACCCGGUUCGACACCUUUGUGGCAUUCCGUCGAGCAGGUGCCAUGCGGCUGCUGAUCCGGCGCCCUCCAAGAUACCAGGAGGUGGCAGCGGUGCAUUGGAGGCUGGAGUUGUAGGUUGGCGGGAUCUGCUUUUGCAGGUUGGCGAGGUGCUGUCGCUUGGGUUCCCAGUGUGGGUGGCGUCCGCUUGCGCCGUUGCGCUUUGGCGGCCACCGGCCUUCCUCUGGGUCAGUCCCAUGGCCCAGAUUGUCGGCAUUUCCUUUACCAUGCUGGGAAUGGGAAUGACAUUGACAUUAGAUGACCUGAAAACUGCACUAUUGAUGCCCAAGGAGUUAGCAUCUGGGUUUUUACUUCAAUACUCGGUGAUGCCACUGUCAGGAUUUCUCAUCAGCAAGCUAUUAAACUUACCAUCCUAUUAUGCUGCUGGAUUGAUAUUGGUGUCCUGUUGCCCUGGAGGCACAGCAAGCAACAUUGUUACAUAUUUAGCAAGGGGAAAUGUUGCUCUUUCGGUACUGAUGACAGCAGCAAGCACUUUUGCUGCAGCGUUCUUAACUCCUCUUCUGACAUCCAAACUGGCGGGACAAUAUGUUGCAGUAGAUCCAAUGGGAUUGUUUGUGUCAACAUCUCAGGUUGUCCUAGCACCUGUGCUACUUGGUGCUCUACUUAAUCAGUACUGCAACGGUUUAGUUCAGUUAGUUUCUCCCUUGAUGCCAUUCAUUGCUGUGGCAACUGUAGCUGUUCUUUGUGGCAAUGCUAUCGCACAGAAUGCUUCAGCCAUUCUAUCAUCCGGUCUACAAGUGGUUAUGUCUGUUUGUUGGUUGCAUGCAUCUGGCUUUUUCUUUGGUUAUGUUCUUUCUAGAACGAUUGGCAUCGAUAUCUCUUCAUCACGAACAAUCUCUAUUGAGGUUGGCAUGCAGAAUUCGGUGCUGGGUGUAGUUCUUGCGAGCAAGCAUUUUGGAAAUCCUCUCACAGCAGUUCCCUGUGCUGUUUCUAGCGUCUGCCAUUCGGUGUAUGGUAGCCUUUUAGCUGGAAUCUGGAGGUCUUUGCCCCCAAAUGACAAGGGCCAGUAAUGCGUCCUUGACCAUGAGAUGUCAAGCUGUUAUGCCACCAGCAGAAGCCCUCUUAGUCUGCCAUCUGCUGCAAUAAACACCAUGCUUUCAUGAUUAGCGUCCAGCUUGAACCAGAUAGGUGUUGUAUUUAUUUUUCAAUCUGCUUCAGUAAGCACCAUGUCUUCAUGUUUAGCGUCCAGCUUGAACCAGAUAGGUCUUCAUUUAUCUCGAUCAUUUUGCAUUCAAAUCUUGAACUUGGGCAUAUUCCUGCGCAUGGUUGCCUUAAACAGAACUAGCAAUAAACGCGCGCUAUACUGUGCGCAGACCAUGAAUGCAUGAAAUGAAAAGAAAAAGAAGAGAUUUCCGAACA